AUGGGUCUCUGUAAUCUUCACUUACAAAGUUCAUUAAAAAAUAUUUUGUUUAUAUAUCUGCAUAUUUAAUCUCUUGGACAAUAUCAAACUUUGAACUAUUUAUAGUUUACUAAUCAGAAUAUAGAGCUAUCUAAAAGGCACAGUGGGUCAGACCUAGUGACACUAAGUGUUAAUCGUGCGUGUCUUGCCCAAGAUUUAAAUGUCACUUCUUCCUGCACUGUACGUCAGGGAUUAAGCUUAAUAGGCUUCUCUGGUCUGCCGCACUCGGCAUGUCUGGAGCACGAAUGUAGCCCUCAAAUUCAGGAUCUUUUUUUUUUUUGUGGACUAUGGACAUAAUUUGUUACCUGCUUGUUAUAGCUUUAAUAAACAUUCAGGCUUGUGAAACUUUUUCUCAGUGUUUACGCGGGUGCAGCUGUGUAGAAGACCGACAUGGAAGGUCAUUAAUAUGUAUGGAGGAGAGAGCAUUUGGGGCUAUACCACAAGACCUUCCACAUGAGUUGACAAAAAUACGAAUUGAAAAGUCUCAGUUUACUGAAAUACCCAGAGGGGCUUUCUCAAAAACGUUGACGUUGGAGAACUUGUGGUUGAACUUCAAUGAAAUCACACUGAUAAACUCAAAGGGUCUGGAGGGUUUGAGGAACUUAACCGAGCUCCGUUUGCAAGGCAAUAAGCUACGUUCAGUACCAUGGACAGCAUUCGAGGACACGCCGGCUCUCAAGAUCCUGGAUCUGAAGCACAACCAGCUGGACGUCCUACCGGAGCAUGCGUUAAGGUUUUUGCCAGGUCUGACUUACUUAGACUUAUCCUUCAAUCGUCUUACGGUGAUAUCGAAGGAGGUCUUCCAAAACUGGCCUCUCUACCAAAAAUUACAGAACAUGGAGGAGCGGGAGGCGACAACAUCUGGGCCAAACGUCGUCCUGGCACUCCACGACAACGCCUGGCUCUGCGAUUGUCGCCUAAAGGGCUUCGUGGAGUUCAUCAGGUCUCUGAGCCCUCCGAUUAUAUUGAUGAACUCCUACUUGACUUGCUCAGGGCCGGACUUUAGGGCGGGCAAGUUCUUCCAUGAGAUAGAGCUACAGGCAUGCAUGAAGCCUGAAGUCAGCACCUCAUCAGCCAACAUCAGCCUGCCACAGGGCGCCAACGUCACCCUGCGAUGUAUCGCCAAAGCAAGGCCUGACCCUUCAGUGUGGUGGACAUAUGGUCUGAAGAUAAUCAGAGGAUUUCAUGAAUCUCAAGAAAGAGUGGAUGAUGACACCAUCAGAUCCCUCCUGGUGAUCCCCUCUGUCCAUGCAGCUGAUCAUGGUGUCUACACUUGCAUCGCUGUCAACUUCAUUGGAAACUCCUCCGUCAGCAUCUUUCUAGAGGUGCGCUCUGGAGGAAGCUCCCAGUCUUCACUCCUCCCAGCUGUACCGCGGGCUGGUGAUGAAAAUGUCUACAUCGACAUCCGCAUCGCCAAGCAAACAAUACGGGGUAUCUCCAUUGAGUGGUUCGCUGCCCUAGAACGCCCCACUGAAACCUGGUUCACGAUCCACUUUGGUCGUGCAGAUGCUGAUAAAAAAGAAAUAAUCUACAUUGGACCUGGGAUUAAUUCUUACUCCAUCUCGGACCUGAUGCCUGCGACUAAAUAUGAAAUCUGUGUAACCCUCAAGAAUCACGCACCACGCCCAGAACAGUGCAUCAUCUUUGUAACAGGAAGUGACAUCACUGAGAUGGAACAGAGGGAGAAGCUGAUACAUAUAGUAGUGAUAGUUUUAGCCAUGGUGCUGGCAGUGCCUGUAGGCAUGUAUGCAUGCACCACUGACACCAGGAUGGCCUGUUUGGAUGGUAUAAUGGAGAGCUGGAAGAACCGAAGGAGAGACAGAGGCUCAGCAGGAGGCAUGGAAAGGGAGAGGCAGGGUACCUUCGACAGUCUGCAGGCCGCCAGUGAUGAGGGCCUGGUUAAUAAAGGUUCCAGUGAAGACAGGAAGGUGAGGAGGAGGUCAGAGGACAGACUGAAUAAGGCCAAAGCUGACCACAGCAGACUCACAGCUGAACUAUAUUAAAAAACCCUCAGUUAAAACAACAACAGAAAACAUGGCAGUGACAUUGUUAUAGAACAAUGUCUUACUUUCUAUUUUUGGAAUAAAUAAUAGAAAUACUAGCUCUACUAUAAUGUGAAAAAGUCUUGAGCCACCCCUUAUUUCUCAAUAUUUGGCUUGUUUUUUGAAUGUUUUUUUGUGUGUUAAGCCACCUAACACUGACCUGAAUCAGACAUGCAUAAUAAAGACACUUGUGCCUACACAUAACAAACAACUUAGUAACAAACCUAUUUUAAAUUCUAUCUUUAGGCACGUGGUUUCGAACAGCCUGUUGCAAAAACAGAUCAUUCCCCCCAUUUCUUUAGUCUAUGAAAAAAGCCAAAGCUAACACAGUUGGAUAGACAUAAAAAAUAUGUUUGCUUCAACAAGGUGAGUUUCAAAGUGCUAUUAGUUGAAAACGUCUAGGCAUGCUGUGCAGUAUAUGCUUUAAAAGAAAAGAAAAGACCUGACACAUGCCCUGAGUGAGGCAUUGGGCCCUUCAGUCGAUCCAUCAACUCUAGAAGAGUCAAUGGAUCAGCAGAUCUAGAGCCCAGACCUCAAAUUUUUGAAGAGAACAGAGAACAGAACAAAAGACAGUCAACAUCCAAAGAAGACUGCUAAAUUAAAUUACAAGAAAGCUUGUCUCAUAGAGUUAAGGAUGCGUUGAAAAGUAUAGGUUUUUAUUGACUUUAAAGCUUGUUAGAACUCUACAAACUCUGUUUUUGUCUUACAUACUAUAAUUCUAAAAAUGUGGGCAUGCUUUAAAAAAAUUGUUGCACUUUUUUCCCUUUAUCCUAGCAAAACAUGCAGAAAUGAGGAGUGGCUCAAGAUCCAGUGCUGUUAGGCUUAUAUUACUACAAUAUUCAGGGGAAUGAUCAUAUUUUCUGCCUUGCUUUUAAUCUCAUCUCUUCCUCUGUUCUAGGCCGAGGAGGUUGUUGCAAAGAUGUGAAUGAUGGCCGUUAUGUCAAGGAUUUGCACCAGGGUAGAGGCUGUGCUGAAGUUGAUUUUUUUCAGACUGAAGUAUAAUGCAUCUCUCUUGUUAUCACAAUGCAGCAUUUUUAACUAUCAGUAAUAAUUCAUUUUAUAAAUAUUUGAAACAGAAAAGAAAAAGCCUUUGCCAUUGAUUUCAAUCAGAACGAUAUCAAAUGACUUUCUAAAGAAGACUUUUUUCCAGCUUCUCCAAUGAUGGAUAUUAGCUUCUUUAUCAACUAUUAUGUGUUAGCACUUAAGCAUUAUUCUAUGGAUUUACAUGCGUGUUAAUUUUACCUCAUUUUCUUCUUGUCAUGUCAAAAGUGUAAGUUAGGAUGGAUUUUUAAUUAGAAAAACAGAUGGUUAUUAUAUGAAAAAACCUCACACCUUGUAAAUAGAAAAUGUUCUAGUUACAUUUUUUGUGUGGUAGUGCAUAUAUACCUCAACAUGUUUCAUGUGUGCAGACUAAAGUGGUUGUUUCACUACAUUUUCUAUAAAUUCUACAAAGGUUUUACAUAAAGCAAGCACAUAUGCAGAAUUAGUGUCAGUUACUAUAGAUUCUUACAAAUACCCAGCAGAAAAUAUAUUUUGCUUUAAAACAUACUGUCUGUUGUCAGUGUCUGUUUAGCCCUUUUUAUAGUUUUGCUAAAGCAGGAUUAUAAGGGGAAAAUCUCAAAGUAGGGAGAAAACCUUACCUUUGAGUCUGGUUUUAUGUAGUUUGCGGCUACCAGAAAACACACGUUUAUUUGAAUCUCAUUGUUUUAUUAUUUAAGUUGUGUGUUCCAUAUUUGAAGAUAGGCAUAGCCUUAAAGAUCAAAUUGCAAAAAUUGCGCUUGAUUGCAUCUGAGUGAAAUUCAUUCAUAGGAUUAGGUUAUGCAGAGAGGAAGUUUCCUUUUUGUGGAUAAUGUGCUGAAAGGCAUUCAGUUUAGUUUUAUUCAUUGAUUUCUUUAAAUCCUAUCUCAGUCACUGUACAUGUACGUCACAGUUCCCGUUUUUUUUCUGUGUACACACGCAAUACAGCAACGACGUAUCACACAUGAUCUGCACUGACCAACCCGCACAGAUGGCACAUCAGAUAUCCUUUGGCCAAUGGCAUUGUUCAUUUGACAUAAUACCCAAACACUGGCAUCCUCUCCAAUAUCCCCUCCUGCCGUCACUUUAUGAUCAGAUCACACAAACCCUCUCCUCCAACUCCAUGUGUUGUCCCCUGUGACGCAAGAAGAUCAGUUCAUCUCUGACGGGGCUUGCAUGUAUUCACUUAAGAUCAGGGUUUUAAAUGACUGGCUGAGAUUGGCAGCUCUCAUUUUCUGGAGCACAGAUACAUCUGCUUUCUUUCUUGUUCCGAUGUCUUUAUAUGAUUUGUGGGUGGGGGAUUGAUGCUGCUUUUUGUUGUAAUCCUUUUCCACUGCCCAUGACACAAUGCAAUGUAGAAUUCUAUAAACACACAAUUUCAGCUACUUCAGCACAGAACAGCACAAGAUUUUAUCUUAUUUUUUCCCCACUUGCCCUAAUGUUGCCUAAAGCAGUGCAUUAUUAUUACUGACCUCUGCAGUAGCAACAUAAAUAAAAGAAACGUUAACCCUCUACACAAAAGCCUUUUUUUCUUUUUAGUAAGGAAAACUCACAUUUUAUUUACCUUUUAAAACUUUUGUUGCUGCAAACAUAUUGUGGGUGCUUUGAACCUUUCAUGCUUUCUUUCACUCUAAAGCAUCAAUGCUCUUUGCAACUUUCCACUCUGUAAUCCUCUGUCAAAUAGCCCAGUAAUCCUGGCUGCCUCUUACAUGUCAUAAUGCAUGAUCAUUUGGGCUUCUCCUCAUAUUCCCCCAUUUCACUCCAGAGCAUUAACAGCUUGCAACAUUGGAAAAAAAACGGGGGAAAAAAUGUGAGUUUGGAUCCUCAAAAAACUUUAAACUUUAAGUGUCCUGACCUGCAAAAAAAGUGAAACCGUUUUUGUAUGUGGAUUUUCUUUUAUUAUAGUUUUGUCUCCAUCGUACUGGAAGCAUAAGCACGUCAAAUGUGUCAGGUGAGGCUGCAAAAUGUUCAGUUUCAGUCACACACAUCUUGCCGGUUCAAACUAGAUCAGGGCAGAUGGAUUUUGCGUUUUAGGCCGCUAUGCAAUAUUGUGCAAAGAUGAACAAGUUGUUUUUUUGGAUUAGAGAGGGUAAUCUGCAAAUUUCAUGUUUUAUGUAACUCUGAAAUAGUGUGCAUGUUUGCCUGAUGUCUACACAAAUACCCAGAGAUUGGUUUAGUGUAACUUCAUAAUUAGUAGUGCUGACAUUGACAUUGAAUCUGAGCAGAGCAAAAGGGCUUGUAUCAGCAUAAUAAAGUAUAUUACAUAUUUGCUGAGUACAAAUACUUUGUUACUGCACUUAAGUAGAAUUUAUCUGAGUAGUUUUUUAAUGGAAACUUUUUUACUUUCAGCCCUACGUUUUAAACAAAUAUCUGCACUUUCUACUUCUAACAUUUUAACUCGUUACUUUUGAUUUAACAUUUGAGGGGACUUAUAAUUUCAUGUCAUUGUGGGCCUUCAAACAUCAAACCCAUUUGAGCCCAAGCAGUAACACAUUAAAGGCAAUCCUGUGUAUUAAUCACCAGGAGAUGCUGGGUAAAAAGAGAUGAAAGAUGCAAAAAAAACUGUGUGCCACAGUUUGGGGUUAAAGUGAGUCAGUGAUUUUUUUUAAAAAAUUGUUUGUUUUCUGGGGGUUUUGGUGUCGGAACGACUGCAGGUGUCCACAGGUAAGCUGUGGUAGUGGUACUUCAGCAUCUAGCUAGCCCUACAGAAGAAGAGUGACCAUAAAGGGAGUUAUAUUUCGUGGCAGGUAAUUUCAAAUGCAGC